AUGUUCCGCUCUGUUUCGACCGGAAAAUCCAGCUCGAACUGGUUGGACCGGCUGCGAACCGCCAAGGGCUUCAACGACGACGGCCCUGCCGAGCUCGAAAACUUCCCGCAAAACCCCAAUUCUGUUGACCCAAAACCUAAUUCCGCCAAAAUUCGCGAUCCAACUCAGAAUGAGGAUACGCAAUUGAUCAACAUAAUGAGCAAUGUUCUCAACGAGCUAUUCAAUUUUGGGGACAACCGCAGCAUCUCAACGCAAUUCAAGAAAUCGGCCCGCAAGCAGAAAAACCCUAGAAUUUGUGAUGUAGGCCGGGAGAAGGAGAAUGCAGCUACUGAGAAAGUGACGCUGCAAAGGAGUCGAGAUGGUGAGGGGGUGAAGGAGCUUGUUAACUAUGAAAAUGGAGGCAGAGAUGUGGAUUUGGUUGGGUUUACACGCAUGGAGGUGACUGUUAUCGACACAAGCUACGAGUCGUGGAAAUUUGACAAAUUCUUGUACAGGAAGAGGAAUGUGUGGAAAGUGAGGGAUAAGAAGGUAAAUGGUGAGAGUGUGUGGAUUAAAAGAAAGUGGAAAGCAAGUGGCUGUAGAUUGGAGGAGGAGCAACGUGUCGGGAAGAAAACAAAGGUUGAUAAGAAUCAAGGGAAUGAGGAGGGGCUUGAGUUUCCAUCGAUCAAAAUGAACGUACCAGAAGCAUGUAAAACAUCCCCAAAAGACGGGACUAUCAAAACAAAGCAGUUGGACUCGAAGUUGAAUGAUGGAAGCUCGUCUGUUAUUGUUAUCAAGAGCAUUCACACAAGUAAAAAAAAUGGGCCGAGCAUUUCUAAAAGCUGUUUAAAGUCGAAACAGAAGAGAACUAUGCUGAUUGGCGGUUCUUGA